CAGCUUCACCAGUUGCAAUCUGUUUAGUGACUAUAAAACCAUCACGCGAAAUUAAGGCUUCCUCAGCUCGGUUUAUGAUUGGCUUCUGUCUAAUCCUUCAGCAGCUAGUAGUGGACGCCUACUUUCUGAAUCCGAUCUGUGGUGUAUCUUAUGAAUCCUAUAUGGGCACUAGGAUCACGAACGGUAAACAAGCUGUAAUAAGAUCGGCUCCGUUCAAGGCAUAUUUUUUCAACAGCUCCAAAAUACAUUGUAGUGGAUCGAUCAUCAACUCAAGAUACAUACUAACUGCCGCGCACUGCAUUGAGCACCAUUUAAUGGUGCGACUGGGAGAACACGAUAUAAGAACGGAUCCCGACUGCCAGGGGCAUAAUUGCUCUCCACGUUUUGAGGAGUAUGGCAUUGAUGUCGCAGCAAAGCACGGAUUCUACAAUAACGACUCCCUGCUCCACGACAUAGGACUGGUCAAAGUAAACCGAACAAUCAAUUUCAAUAUUCAUAUUCAGCCCAUUUGCCUGGGGCUUAAUCCGGCCAGUGUGCCCAAUGUCGAUGAAUAUAAGGCUUUCGGGUGGGGCCAAACUGCGAAGCAUCAGUAUUCCACUGUACUUCAGACCACAGUACUUGCGCGGUAUAAUACAAGUUACUGCAGUGAAAACCUUGGAGUGACAGUCACCCAGAACCAGAUUUGCGCUGGUUACGACGAACAGGACACCUGCUCCGGCCACUCCGGUGGACCUCUCGUGACCAAGGCGUUCAACGCCGAAAGAUUUUCAGUAUUUCAGUAUGUAGGCGUUGUUCCGAUCGCAAUGAACAGCUCAUUAAGUGCUAUCGCAGUGCUCGCCAGCCUGCUUUUUAUCUGUUCCAACUCCGGAUCCGCAAGUUGGCUAAACAAUGACUGCGGAAGCGAAUACCAGGGAGCCGUGGGUCCCUGGACAGCUCUAUUGCAGGAAAACGGCCAACUCUUUUGUGCCGGAACACUGAUCACUAAAUUUUUUAUAUUAACUGCUGCGAACUGCAUUAAAACUAAAGGCGUCGUAAAAGUUCGCUUGGGGGAGUUCGGAAGAAGCCCAGGUGAACUGGCGGAAGAUCAUUUAGUACACUUAUCUCUCAGGUAUCGAUACUAUAACAACGAAUCGUAUUCCAAUGACAUUGGCUUGCUAAAACUGACCAAGGAAGUGCAGUUUAAAUCAUACAUAAAGCCGAUCUGCAUUAACGUGGAUCCAAAUCCGCAGCAACAGGUGAAUGAAUUCAUUGGAACUGCCUGGCGGGGAAUGAAUGUGGAUGGCAUGUACAGGACUACGGAUCUUGGGCCCAUAAGCAUUCAACGUAAGCCUCGGUUCUGCGACGGACUCGACUUAUACACCCAGUUCUGUGCUGGAAGCUCGGACAAUUGGCAGUCAUGCGAUGGUCUCUCUGGCUCAGCACUGACCCAACUCCUUAGACAUCGAAAUGAAAAUAGGUUUGUUCAGUUCGGCAUCUCGACUUUGAGCGAAAUGGAUUGUCAGGGGGCACAGGGUUACACCGACGUAAUGCAAUUUUACUGGUGGAUUCAGGAUGUGGUCGCACUGUUCGAAGGCGCUUCCUACACGCCCAAAAAAAGCUUUGCUGCAAGUGCAAAAAGUAAAAGGAUUUAUCCGAAAUGAUUACUUACUUAAAUUAAACGAAAACUUAAUAAA